GCUCCCAGUUUGGAGGUUUUCUAACCUCAGCUCCAAACAAAUACUCUGCUGCCUGGCCAAACAUUGGACAUUAUUCCACUGUAUCAAAGUCCAGCCCAGUCUCUGUGCAGUUGACAACCCGAGUACAACAGGCACAAACAGACAUGGAUCUGGCUCCCUGUCCCCCAGGAUUGGAUCUUGAGUAUAAGACCAUCUUCUCCACUGGGUCUCUGGUCUUCUUGCAAGAGCUCAUCUCCACUUUUGAUGAAGAGGUUGACAGGAUCCUGAAGCUCCGGAUCUCCAGGAAGGCUCACCUGGACCUGUCAGGUGACCUCCCAGAGUUCUCAGAGGUCACAGCCCACGUCAGGAGUGACUCUACCUGGAGGGUCCGACCAGUGCCCCCCCGGUUGCAGAAGAGACAUGUGGAUGUGGGGGACCUGGCCCCCUGUGACACCCAACGCCUCCUUCAGGCUCUCCGCUCCCCUGCUCAGGGUCUACAGAUUGAUUUCGAUGAUGGUAACUGCCCCACAUACCGGAACCAGAUUAAAGGCAUAUUUAAUGUUUACGAGGUGGUGCAUAACAAAUUUCCAGACACCCCCCCAAUUUCCCAAGCUCCCGUUCUGAUGCUUCGCCCUCGUGCAUGGAACAUGGUGGAACACAACAUGAUGGUGAGAGGGAAGGAGGUUCCUGGUCCUCUGUUUGAUUUUGGCCUCCUGAUGUUCCACUGUGGGAAGCUGCUGUUUGACUGUGGGAGUGGGCCCUUUUUCUACCUCUCCAAAAUGGAGAGUUACCUUGAGGCAAGAUUAUGGAACAAAAUAUUUGAAUGGACAGAGCACAAGCUGGGCCUACCUGUUGGCAGUAUCAAGGCCACGGUUCUGAUAGAGAACGUUCUGGCAGCAUUUGAGAUGGAAGAGAUUCUGUACGAGCUGAGAGAUCACUCCGCUGGUCUCAACUGUGGCAUUUGGGAUUAUUCCGCCUCUUUUGUCAACAAAUUUGGUCACCGGGAGGCCUUUCUGCUCCCCGACCGCAGCAAAUAUGUCAACAUGGAAAAGCGUUUCCUGCAUAGCUAUAUGGACCUGCUCGUCUGCACAUGUCACCAGCGAGGAGCGUUAGCCACAGGAGGCAUGGCUGCCCUGCUUCUACCUCCAGACAGGGAGAGCGCUACCUACAGGACAGUGCUGGCUACUGUCACCAGAUUGAAGUUACUGGAGAUCGAUGCUGGUGUUGACGGCUUCAUGGUGUACGACCUAGACCUCAUAGAACCAAUGCAGAAACUCUUCCAGCUCCAUACCCAGGGUGAUAACCAGCUGUACCAGCUUCGAGAGGACCUAGUGGUCACCCCCGAUGACCUACUUUCUAUGCCAGCAGGUGGAGUAACACUAUAUGGUCUGAAAUAUAACAUUGCUGUGGGUAUCUUGUUUAUUGAGGCAUGGCUUACAGGUAAGGGCCACUUCUUCUACAGAGGCCAGGUGGAAGACUCUGCCACUGCAGAGAUCUCCAGAUCCCAGGUGUGGCAGUGGAUCCGGCACCAGGCCCUCUUGGAGGACAAUGGCAGCGUGGUUACCCGGGGGCUGGUGACUGACCUCACUCAGGAAGUCAUCGGGGAGCUCCGGGAAGUCACCCACUGCCAGACUGUUGGAGAUGAACAGAGGCUUCUCAAUGCUGCUGCCAUGUUCUUGGAAGUCGUGCAGAAGAGAGACUUCCCAGAGUUCCUCACCACCUACCUGAACCUGGACCACACCUUUCUCAGUGCCCAGGCCGGCUCAACAGGGAGUACCCCCAGAGCCAAACUCUGAGUGGAACCACACCCCCAUCGUACAUGAGCUGUUACAUCCCAUACGGUUGCUAGAGCAAGUGCUAAGUGUAUUUUCGGAUACAAGUUAAAACAUUUGGUUGAAAUCAUCUAAACAAGGAUUGGGGAAUUCUUGUGGGAAGGAAUGAUUCAAUUUACAUAUACAAAGAACAGAGAAUUAGGCCACUUAGAUAUAUUCUGCUGGCUAGGUCGAGGAGGGCCAAAAUUGUGAAGGCAGGGCACCAAUAUAAUAAAAUCCAGACAAACCCCCUCACAAGAGAUAUUUUAUUCAACUCAGUUUAAUUCAUAACUCCUUGAUGUUAGAGAGGAGUGGUCUGUGUGAAGAGUUCAAUGUGAUUGACAAGUGCCUUGUUUACCUAAAUGAAAAGUAAAACAAUGAGACUGAGUGGUAACAGAGAUGCCGUCACAUUUACACCUUAUGAUGGACAAACAGAAGCAAACCCCUGAAAUAAAAGCCAGAUAACUGUAGGAUGCUGUUGUGAUGAGUGAUUAUCUUUUAUAAGUGGUUGUUUUAAAUGGGACCCACACAUUUUUCACAAAGGGUAAAACUGCAGAAAUACAAAGAGAAUAGAAGGAAAUAAAAAUGGAUUUGUCAGUCAUAAAGCUUUACUUCAGCAGAUGGACUUCUGAGCUCUGUGUGUCUUUGCACUGAGGCCGGUUGUGUUCUGGCCCCUUUCCACCUGGAGUUCAUGUUUAGACGUCUGCCAUUGGACACCCUGGUGGCUGAGUAGAGGACUACAUGAGCUCAGACGAUUGUAACCGAGUGCAACGCCUCAAUGCUUCCCCAGGAACAAGUGCUGCCUCCUCUUGAGUGUUCCACCUUCUUAUAUUUGGCACAUGCCAGCCUCAACACUACAUAUGAACACAGUCCCCAGCACUACUACAAUAUCUCCGUUUUCAAACAUUUUUAUUUCUUUAUUUGUUGUUUUAAUAUAUAAAUUACCUUUUUAAAAACGUGAGAAGAAGCAGAUGCAGAGGAACAUGUGGUGGAAUCACAGGAAACAGAAACCCUGUUCACAGAAGCUUUCCACCCAACCCGCUUUCUGCUCUCCACGUCCUCCCUCUUCUCUGUACGUUUUUAUUUCCUUUUGUUGUUGUUGUUUGUCGUUUUAAAGAAUAGUUGU